AUGCAGAAAGAAGACUUUACUUUUGAUGUGCACAAAAUUUGCCGUUUGUGCCUUCAAGAGCUGACCGAUGGAUCAUUCAUCGAUCUUUUUACCAUCAACCUGCCGGUGAGCCCACUGGCAAUGAUUGUUCGUUGCGCCACGAUCCAGAUCUACGAAAAAGAUGGGUUUCCUCAGGUCAUAUGCAACGAUUGCUAUUAUAAGCUGGAGAUGGCAUAUGAGUUUCGAAACCGGUGUGAAUCAUCCGACCAAAAAUUGCGCAUGUAUUUGACCAUAUCCAACGGGGGCAAUAAAAAUGAUUUGCUACUCACAAUGAACGACAGGACGGAUGUAGGCAAAGAGGACGACAUCUACGCGGCAAUGUCGGAUAUAUUUGGCCCCGAGGAGGAAACGGACACGAUAAUCGCUCCGCAAGUGUUGGACAAUUUGCUCGAGCAGGAUGUAAAUAACACGCCAAUUAAACCAUCGAAACCCAAAGUGCAGCGGCAGAUUAAGCGUAAGUCGCAGCUAGACGAGUUGCUGGUAAAGCACAAGGAAAAACUUUGGCUCGAGAGCACGAAGGUGAAAAUUUUUCGCCAAAAAAGAACCGAUAGGAAGCAAAGUCUCGCUGGUAGAAAACGAGGAACGCUUCAUAGAGCGAUCGAGCAGGGCUUUGAGUCUGCUCAGCGAACAAAACACGGCGCAGAAAAUCCUCUAGAGUGUCCGGUGUGCCAACGACGGUUCACCCAAUCCAGCAAUCUGCGACUGCACCUUCGAAUCCACAGCAACGAGCGGCGAUUCCAGUGCGAGGUGUGCAGCAAACUCUUCCGCACGUCCAGUAACCUGCAUGCACAUCUGAAGACGCACUCCGAUGAGCGAAAUUAUACGUGCAAUGUUUGCGAUCGGGCAUUUCGAACGGGACGAGAAUUGGUAAACCACAGCAAAACUCACAGCGACGAGAAAAACUUCGUUUGCCGACUGUGCAGCAAAGCGUUCGUGAAGCAAUCCUACCUGAACACGCACAUGAAUACGGUCCACGUGGGGUUGAAGCGCCACCGGUGCCAAGAGUGUGGCAAGCAAUUUUCCAACAGCUCGAAUCUAAUCGCCCAUCGGCGUAUCCACACGGGGGAAAAGCCCUACCAAUGCACCGAAUGUGACUCAAAGUUCAAUCAGUCUUCGGCGCUCUCGCGACACAUUCGCCAGCAGCAUAGACCGAAGGAACCCAGUCCGGAACCGCUCCCAACGACGAUAAGUCGUGCAAGCGAACCGGACGAGCUGACGAUCGAGGUGGAUGAGAACCGAUCGCUCGAAAGUGCGGCCAGCUCAGAGCUGUCGGUUGCCACCUCGCUCAUGGACAGUCAACCCUUCUCGUACGGGGGCAUGCCGUAUGCGCAAACUUUUGUGCCUCAACCGCCUUCAGUACCACCGCAGCCUGCGCAGCAUUUCUCUCACAUGUCCCACCAGCAUCACCAUCUACAUCACUCGCAUCUGACCCAGCAGCAUCACCACUAUCCGCAUCAUCAUCACCAGCAGCAGCAUCACCACCAGCACUCGCAGCCGAUCAUCCACCAGUCGAUGGCCGCGGUCAAUCAGCAGAUGGCGGGACCGAAUCUCUACUCAACGGAGUAUCUCCCUCCGUAUCAUUCGACGGCGCUUCCGGCCGCCCAACAACCGCACUAUGAACUGGGUGGGUACGACAUGUGCUACAGCAUGCAGGCGUCGUCCGUGUUGAACCCCAGUCUGAUGAAUCCACAGCCGACGUACAUAUUCGACCAGUGAACGGGAAUAAACCCCAAGGAAGACCAUUUACA